GAGUGAAAACGGCAUUAGCGGAAUAGAGGAGGGAACCUUUGAAGGAUUAUUGUCACUGAGAAUUUUGAAUCUAUCAUCAAAUAAUUUGAAGUAUCUACGUCAUGGAAUCUUCGACGGUCUGGAAAACCUGAGAAUGUUGGAUCUGAGCUACAACCCCAUACUACAUAUCGACGAGGGAGUAUUCGCUACAUUAAGGAACAUUAUAUAUUUAUUUUUUGUUGAAGUAUACAUACCAUCUCUAGAACCAGAUGUCAUAAGCAAUCUUUCUUCUCUCACGACAGUUUCAGCGUCUGACAACAGGCUUUGUUGCCUUGUUAACGACCAAGAGAAUGUCACCUGUGCCCGGACCUCUGCUAGGAGCCCACUGGAAACAUGUGGCAGACUUUACCCAAGCGCCGUACUGGGGAUCUUUGGCUGGAUGAUAGGUCUAACUGCUCUGGUUGGAAACAUCGUGGUGCUCGCUCUGAGAUUUCACCAGCACCAGGAAUUAAGUGUCCAAAUUCUUCUGAUUAUAAAUUUAGCUGUUGCCGAUUGUUUAAUGGGAGUCUACAUGAUCUUUAUAACAUCAGCAGAUAUACAUUUUGGCGAUAUCUUCUUUCUAGUUGCUCCUUGGUGGCGGCAAUCUAUUGUAUGUAAGGUGGCAAGUGUUCUGGCUUUCCUAUCAAGUGAACUAUCCGUUCUAACAUUAGCCCUCAUUACCCUUGACAGGCUUAUAUGUAUCAUAUUUCCAUUUGGGAAAUACCACUUGAAUGUCAAAAUAACUGGUGUGUUUCUGGUCGUUGCAUGGUUAACUGUCCUUGUAGUUGGUGUCCUGCCGUAUGUAAUUUAUUCAGAUCUGUCCGGCAUCUAUGGCCUUUCAGAUGUUUGUCUUGGUUUACCACUUCAUGUUGAUUCAGGAGAAACCGGGUUAUUACGUUUCCAGAGAGAAUUACCUUGGUCGGAGGAAUUCAUAGUCGUCUACGAGGCAAUCAGCAGUGACAUCCGACCGUCUUGGAUAUAUUCAGUUAUUAUCUUCAUCGGUGUGAACGCAAUAUUAUUCUUGUUCAUCUUAAUCUGCUACAUCUCGAUGUUCGUCGAAGUUAAAAGAUCAACUCGAUCUGUCGGAAACUCGGAAAUGAGAUGGAGGGAAAUCAAAGUCGCCAGGAAAAUGGCGUUUAUCGUAGGAACUAAUUUUGCCUGCUGGAUGCCGAUUGUUAUCAUGGGUAUUCUUACACAGACAGGUCUGGUGGUCCUACCGUCGUCGUUAUACGCCUGGGUCGUCAUUUUCAUAUUACCUAUUAACUCUUCAAUUAACCCGAUCAUCUAUACGUUCUUGAAUCUUCAUGUCAGAAGACGAAGAAAUAAAAGGGACACGUCGGCUCUUAAUUCUGUUUCAAGGAAUGUAGAUUUUAAAAGAAUACAUAGACGUUCAAGAAAUAAUAGCCUUACAAGGGAAACUCGUGCAUAAAAAUUGUCGAAAUCGAAGUUACUCGAUAAUCCAUGAUCACUCUUAAGAUUUGAAGACCUUUGAAACUAUAGGGUCGGGUGAAUGUUCCACCAUUGUCGCGUAAAUACAAAUCUUUAUUGUUAAGAAGUCACACGUACAUGAAUGGCUUCAUGUCAAUUUGUAUUUCUCGCGAUCAUGAAAAGUAAAUUAUGCAAGAUUUGGCAACGUUUUUCCCAAUGUCGCAAUAAUACGACAUGACAAGAUCAUAUAUCCGGCCAUGUUGACGUGAUAAGUUUAUUAAGUCGACAUAGCAGAUUAAAACAUCGCUUUCUUGACAACUAGAUGGCACUGAAAGCUUCCGUAUAUACCUGAGUACGAUGAAAUACUCGUAUAUUACCCUGUUUUACCCUGAACGUACUGUAUUUAAAUUUUAAAUGACUGUACAUUUAUAUUGACACUUAAAUGGAAAUGUGUUUUAUUUGUUAGUGUUAUUUUAGAAUCUACACAUUUCCUAAUUGUGAGCUUGUAAGUCGACGUAAAUAUAUAUUGACAUUAAUGUAUACGUUAUAUAUCAAUCAAUUAUAGGUGUUUC